AAGCGACCCGCGCGCCUCGGGAGCCUGGCUGGGUCCGCGCCAGGCAUGGAGAGCAAGCGCUGCUUCGCCAACCGCUUCGAUGACUACAAGGGCAGCCUGCUGGCCGGGCAGGGCAAGGAGGCGGUGGCGCCCUUGGUGACGGCCACCGUGGACCGCAUCCUCAAGGAGGUGCCUCCGCUGGGCGGCGCCGAGGCGGCGGGCGGCCUGGGCGGCUGCCAGGGCGGGCUGUACGGCGGCGUGGCCGGCGUGGCCUACAUGCUGUACCACGUCGCGCAGUGCCCGCUCUUCGCGCCGGCCAGGGACUCGUACCUGCGCGCCGCCAAGCAGCUGGUGGACGCCUGCGUGCGCUACGAGGAGGACUGGGGCGACGCCGACGCCGACACCCGUGCCGCCUUCCUCCUGGGCGGCGCCGGCGUCUACGCUGUGGCCGCGCUCGUCUACCAGGCGCUCGGGCUGCCGGACUGGGCCAGGCCGCUUGGCAAGUUCCGCGAGCUGUGCGAGCUGUGCGCCCCGGUCACCUUCCUCGACUGCGGCUCCGACGAGCUCUUCGUGGGUCGCGCUGGCUACCUGUGCGCCGCCCUGGUGCUGAAGCAGAAGCUGGGAUUGGAGGUGUUGACUCCACCACAAAUCAAGUCAAUUUGUCAAGCAAUGUUAGAGUCUGGGAAACAGUAUGCUCUGAGGAAGAGAAAACCAGUUCCACUCAUGUACUCUUACUAUGGAACAGAAUACCUUGGAGCUGCUCACGGCCUUUCAUCCAUCCUACAGAUGCUGCUUUCCUACUAUGAAUAUAUUCCGCCUGCUGAUCAGGAACUAGUAUGGCAGAGUGUUGACUUUCUUAUGGAUCAAGAGCAGAAUUGCAACUGGCCUCCAGAACUAGGAGAGAUGAUUGAACGGGAGAAUGAGCUUGUGCACUGGUGUCAUGGCGCUCCAGGUUCUUCUCAAUGCAUUGCAUACAUGUUUGCAAAAGCAUACUUAGUUUCUAAGAAGCCCCAAUAUCUAGACAGUUGUAUCCGCUGUGGAGAACUAACUUGGCAGAAGGGGCUACUGAAGAAAGGACCUGGAAUAUGUCACGGAGUGGCUGGCAGUGCUUACGUGUUCCUGCUCCUAUACAGGCUAACUGGAAAUUCUAAGUACAUCUACAGAGCACAACGGUUUGCUGAAUUCUUGUUUACUGAAGAAUUUAAGGCUGGAUCCCGGGAACUGGAAAGUGUUUACAGUCUGUAUGAAGGUUUCUCAGGGACAGUUUGCUUCCUGGUUGACUUGCUACAGCCUAACCAAGCCGAAUUCCCCCUCUUCAGUGUCUUUGUGUAAAAUGGAACAUGUUCCACUGCCAGGACAGGACAAAGGCACUGUUUCAGUUCACUAUCAAGGAAAGCGAUUUUAGAAUAUGUCCAUUUCUGCAUUGCCGCUAAUGAGAUAGCCUUAACGUUGCAGGGUGCGGGGUGGGGAGAACAGGUUUAACAAAC